AAAAGAAAAAAGAAAAGUCGCAAUAUAUCGUGUCCUUAAUUUAUUUUUGGUUAGUUCAUCUGACAAACACUUGGGAGCGGAGAAGAGAGUGCAUACAUACAUCUAUACAUACAAGCAAUAACAUAACAUAUUCUGAGUUUCUGACACACACCCACUUACUCAAACACCCAACUGAUCAUAAUACAUGUUGUGUUUGUGUGUUGAUGAAGGAAGAUAUAUUAGUUGAAUUGAAUGUUUAAUACUAGUAGUAAUAAACAAGAAGAAGAUCAAGAAUUAGACAAGGGGUGGAAUAUGAAUCGACAGAUCUCUUCUAUGUUGUUGCAGCCAAGAUCACUUCUCAUCUUUGUUGUUGCUACCAUCCUUAUCUUUCUUGCCUUCCCCUUCUCUCAACAGCAAAAAGAUGAGGUGGAAGUUCGACAUGACAUUACCCACAGAGUAUUUUUGGAUGUUGAUGUCGAUAAGCAACGUGUAGGUAGAAUUGUCAUUGGGUUGUAUGGUGAAGUUGUGCCCAAAACCACAGAGAACUUCCGUGCUCUAUGUACAGGUGAGAUGGGCAAGCAUGCAAAUGGGAAAUCUCUCCAUUACAAAGGAACCCCAUUUCAUCGUAUCAUCCCAGGGUUCAUGAUUCAAGGUGGAGACAUCGUAUAUGGUAAUGGAAGUGGAAACAUAUCUAUAUAUGGUGGUACCUUCCGAGAUGAAAAUUUUAAGAUAAAGCAUUCACAUCCAGGUGUUGUCUCAAUGGUAAACCCAGGACCUGAUUCAAAUGGUUCUCAGUUUUUUAUCACCACAGUAAAGGCCAGCUGGUUAGAUGGGGAGCACGUGGUAUUUGGUAGAGUGAUAGAAGGGAUGGACACUGUGUACGUAAUAGAAGGUGCAGCUGGAACAUACAGUGGGAAACCUAGGAAAAAAGUUCUUAUCGCUGAUUCUGGAGAGAUAUCUAAAAGCGAAUGGGAAGCAGAACGGGAAAGUCGCAAGACUGCCAGCACCUCAUGACACUUCAAGUCUGUGAAAAUAGCAAAUUUUGGAGCUCCAAGUAUAUUAAUGUGGUUUCAGAUAGUUGAUGUGUAUUGUCUUGUAUCAUGUUCAUUAGUAAUUUCUGAUAAUUAUAAUUCUAGAUUGAAACAAUUUGUUGAGUAAUUUUUUUAAACAGUCAUUAGUAAAUUACUUUUCUGUAUCAGGGUUACUAAGAUAUGUUUAGUUUAGAUGAAAGCUAUAUUAGCUUUUCUUUAUUGUAACAUAGCUGUACUUUUGUAAAUGGACAUCAGAAGUGUGACCAUGUUUUGUCCCAGAA